AUGGCUCAGCUCGACGAUGAAAUUCCACAGCUAAUUACUCACGAUAAGCGCGUACCCUUGACCAUUCUCACUGGAUACCUCGGUGCGGGUAAAUCCACGCUUAUCAAACACAUUCUCACUCAACAACAUGGCCACAGAAUUGCCGUUAUUGUGAAUGAAUUCGGUGAUACUGCUGAUAUUGAGCGCCGUUCCGUAUCCGUCGACGACGAAGAACAGCUCCUCGAACUCGACAAUGGCUGUCUGUGUUGUUCGAUACGCGAUGCAGGUGUUGCUGCUAUUGCGAAAAUGAUGCGCAAAAAGGGCAAAUUCGACUACAUCAUACUAGAAACAACUGGUCUGGCUGAUCCAUCUGGUCUAGCGCAGUUGUUCUGGGAGAAUGAGCUGUUUAUACCAGAUAUAUACCUCGAUGGUGUGGUCUGUGUGGUUGAUGCUAGGAAUGUCCUCCACCAGCUCUCCUCAGACAAUCAAUGCGUCAGACAGAUAGCCUCGGCUGAUUCGCUUAUCGUUAAUAAGGUUGAUCUCGUUGGCAGUGAAGUGCUGGAGCAAGUAAAGCACGCGUUGUUGUCCAUCAACUCUUCUGCUCCUCUUCAUUACACUACCUACAGCACACUCAACCUCCAUCACGUCAUCGACCUCAACGCUUAUGAUGGUCAGGCGCAGACCCAGGAGCAGAUCAAAACACAGACGCAAAUGCAGUCAGAGGAAGUGACACUUUCACGCUCUACACACUCACACCCAGACUCACACUCACAUCCACACCCACACUUACACUUAUUCGGGAUAUCGAGCAUACAUCUGCAAACACCUCCACUAUCCACGGCCAAAUACGCCACGCUCGACAAAUGGCUUCGCUGUGUACUAUGGGAAAGUACACUUCCCUGUAUUGAAGACCUAGUCGAGAAGAACGAUAUGGAGAUACUACGCACGAAAGGUGUAGUUAGCGUGUUAGGUGACGGUGUGCACAUCCUGCAGGGUGUCAGAGAUAUGUAUGAGCUGAAGCGGGUGUCGGCAGGUAAAGAGGGUGACACUGACACACGCGCGCCUGGAAAGAUAGUUUUUAUCGGCAAGAACGUCGACCACCGCCUAUUUGCAACGAGUUUCAGUCGCUACAUGGAAUCAAUGUGA